GAUUCUGCGAUUUCUUCAUUCGUUUCACGAUAAAUUUCGGAUUUGUUUUGACCUGAUUUGGUUUCCUCUUCUUGUUUUUUUUUCAUUCGAAACCAUGAGUAGUUUGUGAAUCAGAAAGCAAUGCUUCAAAUACUUAACCAUUGGAGUAACUUGAGCGCUUAUUGAGUUUUGUGUUUUUAGUCUGCAGGAAAGCCUGCUGUGGAUGAAAAAUGCUAAAGGAUCCUGUUGGGAUGUGACAGUCCACCCCUCUGAGUUCAAACUCACUUUAUUGAGUAUUAAGAUUAGCAACAGUCCUGGACAAAGCCUAUUCUCCUCUAAAUCUCAGAGAGACGACUGUUAGCAGGGGCUUACAUAUGCUAGCUCUUCACGCAGAGCGAAACUAUCGCUAACUACAUCUAGAGGAACAUUGAGUCAAACGUUUCAUGCUUGUCAUGGUCUGCACGACCCGUUCAGGAAUCCCAGUGAGUUUUUAGAGUUGGAAGUGGCAGAAGUUGUAGUCAUGUACCUGCACUGCGGUGUUGUUGAGGAUACGGAUUCACUGUCCAGCUGGUGGAACGGGAAUGUGGCGUCACUUUUGGACAACCACAGGUGGCAGUACGCACAGACGGGCAACACGCUGAUUCAGCUGCCAGGAUUUCGUAGGAAUGAAGAGAUGAAAGCAAUGGAAGUUUUGCCCAUUCUAAAGGAAAAAGUGGCCUUCUUGUCAGGGGGCAGGGACAAGCGUGGCGGUCCAGUUUUAACAUUCCCAUCACGAACCAACCAUGACCGAAUACGACACGAGGAUCUCCGCAGACUCAUCGCCUACCUCGCCGGCAUCCCUAGCGAGGACGUGUGCAAACAUGGCUUCACGGUCAUCGUGGACAUGCGUGGCUCCAAAUGGGAUUCCAUCAAGCCUCUGCUGAAGAUCCUGCAGGAAUCGUUUCCCUGCUGCAUCCACGUCGCCCUCAUCAUCAAACCAGACAACUUCUGGCAAAAACAGAGGACCAACUUCGGCAGCUCCAAGUUUGAGUUUGAGACCACCAUGGUUUCCCUGGAGGGCUUAUCUAAAGUGGUGGACCCAUCCCAGUUGACGCCUGACUUCGAGGGCAGCCUGGACUACAACCACGAAGAGUGGAUUGAGAUCCGCGUGGCCUUCGAAGACUUCACAGGCAAUGGUCGGCACCUGCUCGCCCGUCUGGAGGAGAUGCAAGAAACGGUCACACGUAAAGACUUCCCGCAGAACUUAGAGGGAGCCAGGCACAUGAUAGAAGAGCACGCAGCCCUGAAGAAGAGGGUGAUGAAGGCUCCUGUGGAGGAGGUGGACAGUGAGGGCCAGAGGCUGCUGCAAAGAAUUCAAAGCAGCGAGAGCUACGCUAACCGAACUGUGCCAGUCCCGCUAGGGCAGAGGGAAGGACAGGGACAACCCAACGCUGACACCCAGGGCCUGGUGCCCCGUAUUUCAGCCCUACUGGAAAAACUGCACAGCACCAGGCAGAACCUGCAUCAGGCUUGGCACGUCCGCAAGCUGCAGUUGGACCAGUGCUUCCAACUCAGGCUUUUCGAGCAGGAUGCUGAAAAGAUGUUUGACUGGAUCAUGCACAACAAAGGGCUGUUUCUGGCUGGAUACACUGAGAUCGGCAACAACCACCCCCACGCCAUGGAGCUGCAGACCCAGCACAACCACUUCGCCAUGAACUGCAUGAAUGUUUACGUAAACAUAAACCGCAUCAUGUCGGUGGGGAACCGUCUGCUGGAGGCGGGCCACUAUGCGUCCCAGCAGAUCAAACAGAUCUCAGGUCAGCUGGAGCAGGAGUGGAAAGCCUUUGCUGCUGCGCUGGACGAGAGGAGCGCCCUGCUGGAGAUGUCUGCUACUUUCCACCAGAAAUGCGACCAGUACAUGAGCAAUGUGGACUCAUGGUGUAAAGCAUGCGGGGAGGUGGAUCUGCCCUCUGAGCUACAGGACCUAGAGGACGCCAUCCACCAUCACCAAGGCCUGUAUGAGCAGAUCACCGCUGCCUACUCUGAGGUGAGCCAAGAUGGAAAAGCCUUAUUGGACAAACUUCAGCGCCCCUUGACCCCUGGCAGCACUGAUUCGCUGACGGCUUCUGCCAAUUACUCCAAAGCGGUGCACCAUGUUUUGGACAUCAUCCAUGAGGUUCUGCAUCACCAGAGGCAGCUGGAGAACAUCUGGCAGCACCGUAAGGUCCGGCUGCACCAACGUCUGCAGCUGUGUGUAUUCCAGCAAGACGUUCAGCAGGUUCUUGACUGGAUUGAGAACCACGGUGAGGCGUUUCUCAGCAAACACACAGGAGUGGGGAAAUCUCUACAUCGCGCUCGAGCCCUGCAGAAACGCCAUGAAGACUUUGAGGAAGUUGCUCAGAAUACAUACACAAAUGCUGAUAAGCUGCUUGAAGCUGCGGAGCAGUUGGCCCAGACAGGUGAGUGUGACCCGGAGGAGAUCUAUCAGGCCGCCCAUCAGCUGGAGGACCGGAUCCAGGACUUUGUAAGGCGUGUGGAGCAGCGAAAAGUCUUGCUGGACAUGUCAGUGGCUUUCCACACCCAUGUUAAGGAGCUGUGGACGUGGCUGGAGGAGUUGCAGAAGGAAUUGUUGGACGAUGUGUAUGCCGAGUCGGUGGAGGCCGUUCAGGACCUGAUCAAGCGUUUCGGGCAGCAGCAACAGACCACACUGCAAUUCACUGUAAAUGUCAUCAAAGAGGGAGAAGAUCUCAUUCAACAACUCAGAGACUCGGCCAUCUCCAGCAAUAAGACCCCUCACAACAGCUCCAUCAACCACAUCGAGACCGUCCUGCAGCAGCUGGAUGAGGCUCAGGCUCAGAUGGAGGAGCUCUUCCAGGAGAGGAAGAUCAAACUGGAGCUUUUCCUUCAGCUCAGGAUCUUUGAGAGGGAUGCCAUUGAUAUUAUCUCAGAUCUGGACUCAUGGAAUGAGGAGCUGUCACAGCAGAUGAAUGACUUCGACACAGAGGACCUGACGCUGGCCGAACAGAGACUGCAGCACCACGCUGAUAAAGCCCUGACCAUGAACAACCUCGCCUUCCACGUCAUCCACCAGGGCCAGGAGCUGCUGCAGUACGUCAACGAGGUGCAGGCGUCUGGUGUCGAGUUGCUGUGUGACCGUGAUGUGGACAUGGCCACCCGUGUACAGGAUCUCCUGGAGUUUCUACAUGAGAAACAACAAGAGCUGGACGUGGCCGCAGAGCAGCAUCGCAGACACCUGGAGCAGUGUGUGCAACUGCGCCACCUACAGGCUGAAGUCAAACAGGUUCUGGGUUGGAUCCGUAAUGGCGAGUCAAUGCUGAAUGCAGGUCUGAUCACGGCCAGUUCACUUCAAGAAGCUGAGCAGCUGCAGAGAGAGCAUGAGCAGUUCCAGCAUGCUAUCGAGAAAACCCAUCAAAGCGCCCUACAGGUCCAGCAGAAAGCAGAGGCCCUGCUGCAGGCUAAUCACUACGACAUGGACAUGAUCCGAGACUGCGCUGAGAACGUGGCCUCCCACUGGCAGCAGCUCAUGCUGAAGAUGGAAGACCGGCUCAAACUGGUCAAUGCAUCUGUGGCCUUCUAUAAGACCUCUGAACAGGUGUGCAGUGUGUUGGAGAGUCUAGAGCAGGAGUACAAGCGGGAGGAGGACUGGUGCGGAGGAGCGGACAAACUGGGGCCCAACUGUGAAACCGACCACGUCACCCCCAUGAUCAGCAAGCAUCUGGAGCAGAAAGAGGCCUUCCUUAAGGCAUGCACGCUGGCCAGACGGAAUGCUGACGUGUUUCUGAAAUACAUGCACAGAAACAGUGUCAGCAUGCCGGGGAUGCUGAGUCACGUCAAAGCACCAGAGCAGCAGGUCAAAAAUAUCCUGAAUGAGUUACUGCAAAGGGAGAAUCGGGUCCUGCACUUCUGGACCAUGAGGAAGAGAAGGCUGGACCAGUGUCAGCAGUAUGUAGUGUUUGAACGCAGUGCCAAACAGGCUCUGGAGUGGAUCCAUGACACCGGUGAGUUUUAUCUGUCCACACACACCUCCACAGGCUCCAGCAUCCACCACACACAGGAGCUUCUGAAGGAGCACGAAGACUUCCACAUCACAGCCAAGCAAACCAAAGAGCGGGUGAAGCUGCUGAUACAGUUAGCGGAUGGUUUCUGUGAUAAGGGCCACUCCCACGCCGCUGAGAUUAAGAAAUGGGUCACGGCCGUGGACAAACGCUAUCGAGACUUCUCCCUUCGCAUGGACAAGUAUCGCACGUCUCUAGAGAAAGCCCUCGGCAUAUCAUCAGACUCAAACAAAGCAAGUAAAGACCUGCAGUUGGACAUCAUUCCAGCCAGCGCUCCAGGGUCAGAGGUAAAACUUAGAGAUGCUGCCCAUGAGCUUAACGAAGAGAAGCGCAAGUCUGCCCGCAGGAAGGACUUCAUCAUGGCUGAGCUGAUUCAGACAGAAAAAGCUUAUGUGCGAGACUUAAGAGAGUGCAUGGAUACAUAUCUGUGGGAGAUGACCAGUGGUGUGGAGGAGAUCCCACCAGGGAUCGUUAAUAAAGAGCAUAUCAUUUUUGGUAACAUGCAGGACCUCUACGAGUUCCAUCACAAUAUUUUCCUUAAAGAGCUGGAGAAGUACGAGCAGCUUCCUGAAGAUGUGGGCCACUGUUUUGUGACUUGGGCCGAUAAGUUCCAAAUGUACGUGAACUACUGCAAGAACAAACCAGACUCCACUCAACUUAUUCUUGAGCAUGCUGGAGGAUAUUUUGAAGAAAUCCAACAGAGGCAUCGCCUGGCCAACUCCAUCUCAUCAUACCUCAUCAAACCUGUUCAGAGAAUAACCAAGUACCAGCUGCUCCUCAAGGAGCUCCUGACGUGUUGCGAGGAAGGCAAAGGUGAAAUCAAAGAUGGCCUGGAGGUUAUGCUCAGUGUUCCCAAGAGAGCCAAUGACGCCAUGCACUUGAGCAUGCUGGAAGGGUUUGACGAGAACAUUGAGUCCCAGGGAGAACUGAUCCUGCAGGAGGCGUUCCAGGUGUGGGAUCCCAAGACCCUGAUCCGUAAGGGACGGGAACGUCACCUGUUCCUCUUCGAAAUGUCACUGAUUUUCAGCAAGGAGGUUAAAGACUCCAAUGGCAGGAGCAAGUACAUCUACAAGAGCAAGCUUUUUACCUCUGAACUGGGUGUUACUGAGCAUGUGGAAGGAGAUCCGUGUAAAUUUGCCCUCUGGGUUGGACGGACCCCAACUUCAGACAACAAGAUUGUCCUCAAGGCGUCCAGUAUUGAGAACAAACAGGACUGGAUAAAGCACGUCCGUGAAGUGAUUCAGGAGCGCACUGUGCAUCUGAAGGGGGCACUGAAGGAGCCCAUCCACAUCCCCAAACCUUCCACAGCCAAACAUAAGGGUCGCAGGGAUGGAGAGGAUCUGGACAGUCAGGGUGACGGCAGCAGUCAGCCAGACACCAUCUCACUGGCCUCCAGGACCUCACAGAACACACUGGACAGCGACAAGCUCCACAUGGUUCAUAUUCCCUCGGUGUCAUUCAGUCUGGCUUUCUUCCCUCUUUCACUCUCUUUAUUUCUGCAGACCUCUUCCCGUCUCUCCGUCCGACCCUCCAGUUCUGAAACCCCCAGUGCUGCAGAGUUAGUCAGUGCCAUUGAGGAGCUGGUCAAAAGCAAAAUGGCUCUGGAGGACAGACCCAGCUCUUUGUCUGUGGAGCAAGGGGACAGCAGCAGCCCCUCUUUCAACCCAUCUGAUAACUCCCUCCUCUCUUCCUCCUCUCCGAUCGAUGAGAUAGAGGAACGCAAGACUGGCUUCCUCAAGAGACGGCAUUACGUACUGCUGGAACUAAUCGAGACAGAGAGGGACUAUGUGAGAGAUCUCAGUUUGGUCGUGGAGGGCUACAUGACCAGGAUGAGGGAGGAUGGAGUUCCAGAUGAUAUGAAAGGAAAAGACAAAAUCGUUUUUGGAAACAUUCAGCAGAUAUACGACUGGCACAAAGAUUUCUUCCUGGGAGAGUUUGAGAAGUGCCUUGAGGAUCCUGACUGGCUGGGCCCUCUCUUCAUCAAACAUGAGAGGAGACUGCACAUGUACAUUGUUUACUGCCAGAACAAACCUAAAUCUGAGCUUAUUGUCUCAGAGUAUAUCGACACCUAUUUUGAGGAUCUGAAGCAGUGUCUGGGUCACAGGCUUCAGAUCACUGAUCUGCUCAUUAAACCCGUGCAGAGAAUCAUGAAGUACCAGCUGCUGCUUAAGGAUUUCCUGAAAUUUUCCAAAAAAGUUGGAAUUGAUUCAGUAGAAUUGGAGAAAGCGGUUGAGGUCAUGUGCAUUGUACCAAAAAGAUGCAACGACAUGAUGAAUGUUGGUCGACUCCAGGGAUUUGAUGGAAAGAUCAUUGCUCAGGGGCGUCUCCUCCUGCAGGACACCUUCAUGGUGGCUGAACCGGAUGGUGGCCUGCUGAACAGAAUGAAAGAGAGAAGAGUCUUCCUCUUUGAGCAGAUUGUCAUCUUCAGUGAACCUUUAGAUAAAAAGAGGGGCUUCUCGAUGCCUGGUUACCUGUACAAAUACAGCAUCAAGGUGAGCUGUCUGGGUCUUGAGGAUAGUGUGGAUGGAGACCCAUGUAAAUUCGCACUGACCUCUAGAACGUCCAAUGUCAGCAAAGAGGUCUUUAUUCUGCACUCAAACCACCCCGGAGUCCGACAAGUCUGGAUACUGCAGAUCAGCCAAAUCCUGGAGAGCCAACACAAUUUCCUCAAUGUGCUUACAUCUCCUAUAGACUACCAGAGGAACCAUGUCGAGGGGCCUGGUGUCUCAGGCAGCAUACAGGCUGGAGGUAGCGGGGGUCAGGUCAUGGUCCCUGGAGGAGGCGGAGGGGCCCCGGCUGGGUCGGGUUCCCGCUCCCGCCCCUCCCGUAUCCCCCAGCCCUCACGCUUGCCUCAGCCGCUCCGUCAUCACUCUCCCGCCCUGGGGCCCGGAGCCCACGAGCCUGACGGCCCCGACAAAAUAUCAGGUAUGUCCCCGAGACCUCUCCCCAGGGGUCCCUCACCCUCUUGCACCACAGAGCCCGAUCCAAAGGUGAAGGUUCCUGCGAGCCCUCACCCCAAACAGACAGACUCUGCAGAAAGCGCUUCCAAAGAGAGCAGGGAUGGAGUCGGCACGGCCCAGAUCCCUCGGGCCACCGUGGCCCCGCUAGGACUGGUCAAACCCAGACCUGGAACGGUCUCGCCCAUGGCCUCCCCAUUAGCCACACCUGCUUUCAAAGACUCCAUCCCACCCUGCAGUCCUGGGCCAAAGACAGGUGGCAGCUCCACCUCGUUCUGGAGCUCCGUUCCUGCUUCCCCCGCCAGUAGGCCUGGUUCCUUUACUUUCCCUGGGGAAGCAUGUGACACACUGGGACGGCAAAACCAGAACCAAAGUCAACGGCAUUCCACCCACAGUAAGGACGCAGACCGAAUGAGUACCUGCUCUUCUGCCAGUGAGCAAUCUGUCCAGUCCACUCAGAGCAACGGGAGUGAAAGCAGUAGCAGCAGUAAUAUCUCCACCAUGUUGGUGACUCAGGACUAUGUGGCUCUGAAAGAGGAUGAGAUAAAUGUAGGUCAAGGGGAGGUGGUGCAGAUCCUGGCCUCCAAUCAGCAGAACAUGUUCUUGGUGUUUCGCGCCGCUACCGACCAAUGCCCAGCCGCCGAGGGCUGGAUCCCUGGAUACGUGCUGGGCCACACCUCCGCUAUUAUCCCUGAUGUACCAGAGGGGACCAUUAAGAAAUCAUCAUCGUGGCAUACAUCCCUCCGUAUCCGUAAGAAGUCAGAGAAAAGAGAGAAGGAAAAUAAAAAAGAGGCCAAGCUUGAAAAUGGAUACAGGAAAUCCAGAGAGGGACUAACCAACAAGGUCUCUGUAAAGCUUCUAAAUCCCAAUUAUAUCUAUGAUGUUCCCCCGGAGAUCCUCGUCCCGCUGAGUGAUGUGACCUGUGAUAAAGGGGAGUGUGUCACUCUGAGGUGUAAAGUGUGUGGCCGCCCCAAAGCCACAGUCACAUGGAAGGGACCCGAUCAGAAAACACUCACCAACAAUGGCCACUUUAGCAUAGUCUACAGUGAGACUGGCGAGGCCACUCUGCGUAUCGUAGGUGUGACCUCAGAGGAUGAUGGCAUGUACACCUGCAUUGCAACGAAUGACAUAGGCAGUGUGACAUCAUCAGCCAGUCUCAGAGUGUUGGGAACUACUAGCGAUGGAAUCCGGGUCAUGUGGAAAGACAACUUUGAGUCCUUCUACACUGAGGUAGCAGAGCUGGGCAGGGGAAGGUUCUCUGUAGUAAAACGCUGUGACCAGAGGGGAUCAAAGCGCACAGUAGCGGUCAAGUUUGUGAAUAAGAAACUCAUGAAGCGAGACCAGGUCACCCACGAGUUCAGCGUCCUACAGAGACUCCAGCACCCUCACCUAGUCAGACUACUGGACACCUUUGAGACCUCCAGCAGCUAUGCACUGGUCCUUGAGAUAGUUCUAGAACUGGUCAUUCAGACAACCUUCAGACUAGUUUAUUUAAAAAAAUCUUUCUUUGCACAAUCCUACUUACAAAGUGAUGCUAAUUUCCACUUUCUGAAGCCUGAAAACCUUGUGGUGGAGCAGAGCCCCUCCCAGCCGAUGGUGAAACUGACGGACUUUGGCGAUGCAGUGCAGCUGAACUCGACUCCCUACGUUCACCCUCUGCUGGGCAGCCCAGAGUUUGCUGCCCCCGAGCUGGUUCUCGGGGAUCCCGUCUCUCUCUCCUCUGACUUAUGGAGUCUGGGCGUGGUGACGUACGUGAUGCUGAGCGGGGCGUCUCCGUUCUUGGACGAGAGCGUGGAGGAGACGUGCCUCAACAUCUGCCGCCUAGACUUCAGUUUCCCCGACGACUACUUUCAGGGCGUGAGCCAGGCGGCACGGGAUUUCGUGUGCCUGCUUCUCAGGACCGAAUCUUCCAAGCGGCCCCCAGCUGCCACCUGCCUGCAGGAUCCCUGGCUGAGACACGGCGGUGGCCGUCGCUCGGCCGAAUGCAUCGAUACCUCUAGACUCAUCUCCUUCAUCGAUCGGCGCAAACACCAGAACGACCUGCGGCCUCUCGGAGGCAUAAGAGUCUUCCUGCAAAGCAGGCUACAGCCCAGGAUCUGACCCGAGAAACGUGAUCUCAUCCUCUUCCUGAUGCCAAUUAAGAAGACUUCAGUCCUGAGCCUAUCAAAAUGUGUGCUGACAACCAUAUCUGCCAAUCAGAGCCUUCGUCGGCAGACAAGAUUUUAGAUUGUUAGUCCUUUCCCAGUUUGCUGCUGCCUUGUUUCCAAUUUCAUGAAGGCUUUUACGCAGAGAUGAAAACAAUGGAAUAUAUAUAUAAUAUUUCUCUGAUUUGCUGAAUGAUCAACAAAUCUACAUAAAUAGACUAAUAUUUUGUGUAGAACAAAACGUGGCAGAAGUUUUUAAGAGAGCGAUGCAAAU